AUGUUUGCUUUUGAGAACGUGUUGGGACGGAUGAAUUACUUCCGCAUCUCGCGCCGCAGAUUGCGGGUUCAACCAGGGACCACGAGACUUCUCUGUGACGCGAUUUCUCUACGGGUUGCGUUUCUCCUAUGUCUCGUAGCGUUCGUUCGCGUCGCUAACGGUCUCGUCGACUGCUAUAACCUAACGAAUUUGAGUGAAUCGUCAAACCUCCUCUCGAACCCAAGCUUCGAUACAAGCUGUCUCGACACUGGGCGUCGCAAGAAGCUGAACUCGUCUUGCCAUGGCCGCACCGCAUCUGGCGGCGGAAAUCGCGGAACAUCGUUUGCGCCAGCGGGCGCGACACUGGCGGAAGCCUUCGCGACAGCAAGCAGGGCAGCGCCGCCUGCUGACGUGUCAAUAGUGAACGGGGUCGCGGGAAUCACGGACAUCCUACUGGCAGCUGACGGGUCCCGUUUCUUACGGCUGACAUCUGAUAUUUCCGUGUCGUCUAGUGGCGGCGGCGCUUCGGGCAGUAGCAAUGCCGACCCCUCGCCCGUCAAGUCGUUCUCCUACUGGCCGCUCUCCAGCGCCCACCCGCUCCUCACAGCCGGCGCAGCGCGCCGCAACCGCUCGUCGCUCUCCCUCACCACGCUCUCUGACGUGAAUGCGCCGUCCCUCGCGCUGCACCCCGCCCCCUUGGCCCUGCUCGCCCCUGCCACGCCCACCUCCCCCUGCCGCCCCUUCUCCUUCUCUACCUCCUUCGCCUUCCGCAUCUCCUCCCCCAACGCCGCGGGGCUGGGCGGCGAGGGCUUGGCGUUUGUCAUGCUGCCCACGCCCACGCUCGGCCUGCCGGGGCCGUCCCUGGGCUACGGGCGCGUGCUGCUGCCCCCGGGGAGCACGACUGCUGCUGAUAAUAAUGAUAGUUCAAGUGCCAGCAGUGCAACAGUGUCGUCUCAGCAGCAGCGGAGUCUAGCAGUGGAGUUUGACACAUGCGCCUCACCCAAGUUCUGGGACCAGCAGGAGCACCAUGUGGGGGUGAACCUUCACGGCAGCAUGCUCUCUCUCGCCUCUGCCCCCGUGCACCCCGUCGGCAUUCCCUCCCUCAACGCCGCUCAGACCCUCCUCGCCACCAUCCAGUACAACGCCUCCUCCUCCCAGCUCACUUGGCUCGGCGGGAACAACCCCGAUGCAGCAGCAGCAGCGCCACCGCCGCCGCUGUUUGUGGGCUUCACUGCGGCUACUGGCAAGGGCGUGGAGCAGGCACAGGCGCACGAGGCAAUGUGUGGUAUGGAGCCGGAGGAGGUGUGGCAUAUGAGGGUUGACUAUAACAGGAGCAGCAAGGAGAUGGCGCUGAGAUGGUACCGCCUGCCUGCUCUAAAAGGCAGCGUGAGGGUCACCAUUGACCUGUGUGCUGCUCUCAGUGGGGCUUCUGACAGCAGCGGAAGCAGCAGUGGCAGCGGUAGCAGCAGCAGCGGCGGCAGCGGCGGCGGCAGCAGCAGUGGCGCAGCAGCAGCGGUGGCAGCAGCAGCAGCAGCAGCAGCAGCAGCAGCAGCAGCAGCAGCAGCAGCAGCAGCAGCAGCAGCAGCAGCAGCAGCAGCAGCAGCAGCAGCAGCAGCAGCAGCAGCAGCAGCAGCAGCAGCAGCAGCAGCAGCAGCAGCAGCAGCAGCAGCAGCAGCAGCAGCAGCAGCAGCAGCAGCAGCAGCAGCAGCAGCAGCAGCAGCAGCAGCAGCAGCAGCAGCAGCAGCAGCAGCAGCAGCAGCAGCAGCAGCAGCAGCAGCAGCAGCAGUGGCAGCAGCGGUCGCUGCUCUCCCUCCUCCCACUGGCCGCCUGCCUUCCCCCGUCACCCUCUCCUCCUGGACCUUCAGAUUCACAGACACUGACCCCUGUACAGCUUCUCCUGUGCUGCCCUGUGGAACGGGUGUGUGCACCAAGGCGCCUGCCCCGUGGGACUCGUCUAUCCUCCUGCCUGUCUGCAAGUGCCCCUUCAAUCUCCCCUCCUUCGAACCCUCUCACCUCUCCGGCCUGCCCUCCUGCUUCCCCGAUUCCUUCACAUGUCGCCAUCUCCCCCGCAACCCAUGUGCCCUGGGGGUGUGUAUCGAUGACAUAGACGGCACCUACUCCUGCCUCUGCCCCUCGCCCUUCUUCCCCUUCUAUCCGAAACGCACUAACCGCUGUUACCAAUUGCGAUCAUUCGAACUGCGAGUGCCCACCUUCCUGUCUCCCUACGGCCUCACAUGCCCUCUCAUCCUCAACACUUACGGACUCACCCAAGCAGCCUUCUUCAGCCAAAACAAGGUGUGA